CAUGUACAAGUCUAGGGAGAAAAAAAACAACCACGACUGAUUAGUUCUAACUUUGGUACAGCAACAAUUUCAGCUUAUUUAGUAUGUUAUUUGAUGGCUGAACUAGUUGCUCCGAUUGCUUAUACCAGGGAUCAUUUUCAUCCAUUUACAACACACCUACCAUGCGUAAUGAACAAACAUUGUGACCUGAUAGUCUGAAAUGUCUGUCAUCUCCCCCCCCCCCCGGGCCCCCUCCCCCCGCCCCCUAGAUCAGCUUAAUCCCCGGGUGAGGGACUCCUCUCUUGCCUGGGGAUUACGCUAAUGUGACCUGAAAGCAGAUUGGACAAAAAGUGUUCUUAAAUAGCUGGAAGUCCAAGGCUCGCCGUUUAAAAAAUGUAUUUCUGACUGAGGUUGCCGGUACGUAUUAGAUUGGCUGCUUAGGGCAAAAUUACAUGAGAAAUAUUCACUUGCCACUGAAAACUGGCCGUUUGUUGCAUCUGGUGGUUAAGAUCUUGCUAUUUUACCAUGGGAUUUGAACUUCUAUGUUUAUAUUCCGUUUCGCAUCUUUUGUUUGGGUUGAGCUGAUUUAAAGCCAAGAAGUUAGGGACUAUGCAAUAAUUACCUGGAGGGGGGGUUGGAAAACUAGAGGGGGGGGACAGGAGAAAAUGACCACAAUAGAGAGGGGAGUUGUUAAAUUUUGAAAAUUUAAUAAAGAGAUUGUUCGUCAACGAGGGAAAAUUGCCCUCUCUUGAAGAAAGUUCUUUGCAAGAGGUAUGUUCCAGCACAACGUGGACGAGACUGCAUGUUAAAGUUAUGUACAGCACCUUGAGUUCCUCGAUGCAAAAGCCAAAAAAAGAGUAAGAGAAAGGAACACUCUUCCGCUUAUUUCUUGAACAAUUGAAAAAGAUGUAAAAGCGCUUACCAACAAGCAGCUGAAAAUGUAUCUAGAGCAAAAAGGUCUUGAGAUAAGUGGAAGCAAGGCUAAGUUGAUUGAUCAAGUUCUUACCCAUGCACGCGAGAACCUUAGUGCCAGAGAUGCUGUAGAAGAUGAGGAAUCUCCCAAUUCAUGCGAAGACGACACAAGCUCAGAGUCCAGUGAUUCUGAUGACUUUUCAAAUGACACUUCGACAUACGUCGAAGAGUCAUUUGAAGUGAUGUUUGUACCGGAGGAAGAACUCCAACAAGUAAACAAGGUAUGAGGGAAUCAAUGGGAGGAGACUUUUCUCAAGGAAGGGGGGAGGGUUAGCCUUAAUAUUAUCAUUUGCUUAAUGAUAGGGGGUAUGACUUAGUUAUGGGGCAUACUUCACCCAUUUCCCAGCCUCCCCCCCUCCCCCUCCAAGUUAUUAUUGCACAGUCCCUUAGUAUGGGAUUGUAUCAAUCUCUGUACUCUUUUUCGAAUGAACAUUAGCAACAUGAAAUUUUAUACCUAUUCUUACAUUAGUGUUAUAAUAUAGAUAUAAAAAAAGAAACUUUUUGUUACAUAUGGUGAAGGAAAAAAAUAAAAAGAUACUUUUGGGGUGACGCACUUAAUUUCUUCUUCCACUUGACAGUUGAAAUCACAUUUGUAUUAUUUGAUGCGCGAAGCGGUUCAGCGUAAAAUAGCAACAUCAUCAGAAUAUACUUAAAAUCAAGAGUCAACAUCAUUAACAACAGUGACAAACUAUAAGGUGAUUAGUUAACUACACAAGCAGCCUUGAAAACAAAAUCACAGUCACAGACAUAACAAUAUAAAAUGUCUGCCAACCUUCUGACUUCAGAUCUCCUUCUCAUAACCGACUCCCGCAUAGAAUGAAAAGUAUUACUUAAAGGGGCAACCGAAGAAUAACGUCUUAGAUCGUCUUAGCUACAUAUUUGCAUUCCGUGGCUCUUGCAGAGUACAUUUCUCUGAAGAAGACCGCAGAAGGCGGUCGAAAAUUCAGUUUUAACGUCUUUUAGAUAUGUUUUAAGCUCCUAUUUAAAAUUUUGAUCACGGAUACAGAUCGCUCCCACAGUUUUAUGUACUACUUAAAGUAAUAUUGCAUGUCAACGAGAUCGCUUUCAUUGCUGACCAACCACGCAACUACUGAAAUAUAUAAAGAGGUUUUGUAUCUGUAGGCAGAUUUGAAUGACAAAACAAAUUGACGUCAAUGCUUGGAAGCAUUAAUCAGUGCUGUAGGUAUCUUAUCUGUCAUUUUCAGUGUCUGUAGAAUUGGAAGACAACACCAAGAUUAGAGAAUGUGUCAAUCCGUCACACAAGCUAACAAGUCCACUCUAAAUGUAUUUAGUCUUAAUCACGAUUGCUGAAAACGAAAAGGCAAUAAUAUUGGAAUCACUUGACAAUGACUUAUAAUUGUUAUAGUACUUCAGGAAAAACCGUUUCCUAUAUUUCGACUCCUGAUUGGCUAAUGAAAUUUGCGCAUACGUAGAAUUAUGACUCAGGAAAAUUGUGAACUACCGCAAGCUCCGAUGAAAUCGCAGACAGCAACUAAGGAAUAUCUUACACAGUGAAGGAUAUUUCCAAGCCGAGUAGUUUGAUAAUUGCAUGACAGCUAUUCAUGCUUGAAAUAUCUCACACAAAUAGGCUUCAAAACACGUGCAAAUUAAACACGUGCCCGCGAAACAUUUGCGUGUUUUUACGAGGGGCUCCACAGUAGCCACAACAACCAACUUGAGACGAUGUUUCGAAAUUUACAUGUUACAGACGAUAUUGCAUUACCAGGCACCGAGCCGUGAUAUUGAUUCAUUUCUGCCGCAAUAACAGUCCCCCAAAGACUUCAAAUGUGUACAAACUCCUCGUUCUUGAGAGCAUUUGUGUUACGUUAAUAUCAGUAGCCAACAGUGCUUUCUGUUAACAUUUUCUCUUGGUAAGAGCUCAGUAUGAACUUCGGUGUCAUUGCAAGUUGGACGUUCGUGUUUUUGGCGUUAUUCUGUUCCACGGCUCAUGGAGAUUACGUUAGUCAUUCAGAUGGCAAAGAAGGGCACAACACUGCUUUUACGAUUGUAAUCGUGCUAGGAGUUGUCUUCGCCAUUCAGUUUCUUGUCUUUGUGUUCUUUGCAUGUAAAGGAUGGGACGCAGUGUUCGGCUCACGGUCUGUCCGCAGUGACCCGGAAUCUCAGUUAGCGAACCAGUUUCCUUUCUUGCCUUCUUACGAGAUGGCGAUGAAUGAAGCGCGUGAAAGUCAACAGAACACUAAUACAACCCCAGAGAGUUUGAUUAUUGAUAACGGUGUCAUACUGGAAAUAAGAAAUACAAGAAUAAUCCCCUCCACAGAGAGUCGAAGUAAUAUUAUUGAAGCAAACGCUACUGUGAACACACCAAGAAAUUACAGCCUCGAUGAUGAAGAUGUGUUAGAGAUAGGAAACUCCACUGUGGACGCAAUUGUGCAAGACAGUAAUGGCAGUGCUGAAGAGCAAACGGAAGCAAAUGUUACGUCACCUUCGGGGAACUGUAAUAACGACAAUGAAGUUGAUUUAAGUAUAGGUCCGUCGAGUGUACAUACAAGUUCACAAAAAUGAAGAUUGGUGUUGCCACAUUCUUGGAGCAGGUGUAAAAACGAGACUUAAUAAAAGAAACAGUUACGAAGUUAUGAACAAAUUUACAUAAGAUCGGAUGUUUACCAUCGAGAAAAAGGAAUGGACAAAUAAAGGUUCAAUCGACCAUGUAACAUAAAUGUUAACUGGUUAUCAUGUAAGAUAUUUUAUACACUGUAAAUUCCUAGUAUAUGUACAUAUAUAUAUAUAAUAUAAAUAAAGUUUUAGCCUGGUCUGCACGAGCAAUUUUUAUAUGACAAUUUUUAUGUGACAUUUUGAUCGCGUAAAUGGGACAGCAAUUUUUUUUUUUCUGUCAGCAGUUCAAAGUUUAGUGCACCAGCACUGUCUUUGGACAGCACAUAUACGCAGAAACAAGGCGGGGCUGCUUAGUGGCCACACAUUUUAUGUCAUGAGUCGUCCAACACACCAGCUUUUCAGCGAGUACAUUUACCAUGCACAUAAAACUUUGUCAAUUUUCUUCGUCUACACAUAAAAAUUGCUCGUGUUGGCUAGGCUUUCGCAAUCGUGACGCUUUAUAAUAAUAAUAAUAAUAUCAAUAACAAUAAUAACAAUAACAAUAAUUAUAAUUAUGCACUGUAGUGCGCUUUUAAAGUAAAAAAGUAAAAAAUAAAGACCCUCAUGGAGUAGACUUGGCGAAAUUAAAAUAGAUAAAACAGAAA